AUGUCUUUCCACCUCAACAGGCAUGAUUUACUCCUCCUCGCCAGCAAACAAUACGUCGCCGCCAUCCGAAGCAUCAGAUCGGCACUGAGUAGUACCAGCAACAGCAACUCCCAUCAUGGUAACAAUAACGACGAAGUCAUCCAGUCAGCACUCCUCUUAGACCUAUACGAGAAAAUUGCCGACCGCCACGAGCAUCAAUCCGCAUCGUGGCUAAGCCACGCCCGGGGCGCUCUCCACAUGGUCUGCGACCGCGCCAACACCGACUUCUCCAACCCGACCACCUGCCAGCUCGCCAACAACGCCGCCGUAGCCCUCAUGAAGAGCUGCGGCAUCGCCGGCGUCCCCGUACCGCCCUCGCUGCUGGCCCUGCGCGAGGACCUCAACAGCUACGUCCGCGACGCCAAAUGGAGCUUCACGGGUCUCGUCGUCGGCAUCGUCAACCUCCGUGCCUACAUGCAGGGCCUGGCUUCGGGCGCAGCCUGUCCGAACGUGGUGCUGCGCCGGGCAAAGAUCUUGGACGAGCACAUGACCCUCGUGGAGAAGCGGCUCCAGCGCUCGUGGAAGGCUACGCGGACUUUUACGGUUGCGUAUAACCCGCUCAUCUUUGGACGGUAUUACGACGUCUACCCGAGUCACCACGCGACGCAGGUGACCAAUGCUGUUAGGAUGAUGCGUUUGGAGCUGAACAGCAUCAUUCAACAUGUGGGCCACAAUGAAGAGCACACCAUCAAGAGUCAGACCCGGGAGGUUAUCCGGGAACUCACUCGGCACUUGUGUGCGGCCGUGCCCCAGUUUUUGCUCUUGAUAGGGGGUGACGCCACGAGUCUACCAGUCCAUACCCUACCACCAUUACAGAGGCUACAUUGCUGUACAAUGUUGACGCCGUUGUACCUCUCCUUUUGUCUGACGGAGGACUUAUACAUGAAGGAAUGGAUCUUGCAGAUUCUUCUGCAUAUGGCGGAACAUGGAGUCAAGUUGGCGAGUGACGUCUUCCAACUGAUUUCGUCAGGUAAGCUUGUAGAUUAUUGGGCUCUGUAUGCCAUGGUCGGUAGCUAUGCUAUUGCAGCUUAA